CGUGAGCGCUAGUGUGGGCUCUGUAGCUCUUUGUUGGCUGCGUUUGGUGGUGAUCGGAUGGCUGCAGCUGCAGUAACGCUAAAGGACCCUAAAUGGGAAACGGUGUUGAAACCUCGGCUAGUGGAGGUGGCUGAGGUCUUAUGUCCACUUCGAAAUCGACUACCCUCUCGGCUGUAUAGUAAGAACCUUAUUAGUUCAGACGAAGAGGAACGUUUUACCAAGUCAACUAAGGAAGACACAGACUUGGCUUUGGAAAUUCUACAAGUGCUUCGUAAACAAGGUCCAGGGUCAUUUGACAAAUUUUGUGACGUACUUUUGGCUACUAAAGAUACGACAUUACAUGACUUGGAAAGGAUUUUUCGACCAGAUCCUCCACACAGCAGUGAGAAGAGUAGUUCUAGAGACAGCAGGUCUGAGCAGAGGCUGGAUCGAAAGUCUGUUCAGAUUGUUGUUUUAAAGAGUUUAUUUGAAGACUUUGAGAAGAAAAAGUGUGGGGAACAGCUAAAGGACGCUUUGUUUCAUGCACUUGGGAUUCCAAAAGAAUCUAUUACAUCAUAUCCAGUUACACAGCCAUUCCGUCGUCCAGAUAACGAAUCAACUCAUAUUGUUCAUGUUGCUAACAAGGCAUUGAUUACGGUUGUUGUCAGUGGAGUCGAUAAAGCUGAGGUUGAAAAACAUGGAAACAUGAUAAUCAAUUUUCUCUCUAUUGAAGCUGGAGUCAAGGAAUCAGAAAUAGAACUUAUUCAGAUUUUGCCUUGGAAUAGUUGUUUACUGGUUAUUCGUUUACCAGGAUUGGCAAUGGUGCGGCUUAUCAUUGCUUUCUUCGGUUCAAAAACAAGGCCAGAAUUUUGUAAACGUUUUGCAAACUAUUUGCCUAAAUCAGCAGUUGAGGUCGCAUUUGGAUUUGCCUCACUCCCAGAUUCAACGGCGUCAUUAUCAUCAAUACCAAAAUUUGGAGAUAAUCUCUCACAUCUUACCGAACAUGAACAAAAAGCAUCUGUACGGAGUGAAGGUGAGACAAGUCAGACAGGAAACGCGGAAGUUUUAGCCAUUCUUGAAGAGACAAGUGCCCAAAUGAUACAAGGUGCCCAAACUUUUCUUAACGACAUGAAAAAAAUUGAAGAACUAGUCGAAAAGACAAGACGAGCUAUGGCUUAUGUGGAGGUGCCUCGCACAUUCUCUUGGGAUUCUGUUUAUAACACCAUGGAAUCGACGCUGAAGUUCAUGAAUUCAAUUGAGAAAUUUGCCGCUUGUGGUCAUUCUGCUGACAGGAUUAAGAAGGUAAAGGCGGCGCUGAAAAUUGGGGAUUUCAGAGAGUUUAAGUUAUAUAUAGCUGCACUCAAUACGAAUCUAACAGAAACAAAGACUUUGUGCGACAAUAUUCUUGAGACUGCUCUUCUAGCAGCGAAAGACGUGUCUGACAGCCAAAGUAGGAUCAGUCCAACACUAAUUGCCGGCGGCAUUGCCGGCGGCGCCAUUGCCGGCGGCGCCAUGGCCGGCGUCAUUGCCGGCGUCAUUGCCGGCGUCAUUGCCGGCGGCAUUGCUAUCGGUGCAUUAGCAGGAUAUGCUAUGGUAGAGUACACUAGAAGGUGGUACACAACAAGAUUUUGGAAAGAGUUGAAAGAGUUGAGUGAAAUGCUGGACAAUCUCUCGAUAUCAGGCUUUUCCCCGAUAGAACGCUUGAGCGGUUGGUUCAAUGAACUACAUAGUACAACGAUCGCUACUACAGUCCCAGGACUUGAGCAUGCCAAGGCGGAGCGCUUCAACAAAGUCGUCGAUGCAUUGGAAGUCGUUUGCAAACGACUAAACGUUUUGUCAGACGAAACAGUCUCUGUGGUAAGAACUGUCAUGCAAAGUCUAGAGUCGUCUUCUCACAGUGGUGCCUCAGUAUGAUGGAUAAAGAGCGCGUUGAACUAAAUCGUGCAUCUGGCACGUAUGCACUCACAUUUGACGUAUUUGUACGUGUCUAUUUGGCGUAGCUUUACGUGUCGAGGGAUGUGAGCUGUCUACACGAGCUUCUAUUCUAAGCAUCAGUACGUUUUUGCAUGCAUCUAAACAUGAGUAUAUAUGCACGUUGCUGUAACUUUGUGUAGCGAGAGCUGUACAAUGGUCUAGAUAUGUAAAUAUACAUUUU